AUGAGUUCUGAUCGUGAGAUUGGCUCGACCGGAAGACCCUAUUUUGGGCAGCCUAUUCGUAGACAAAGAAAGCCGAUUCGCCUCAACUUUGUCGACCCUUGGUCUUUUCCGAGGAAGAGGGAAGCAAAGCUAGCCCCGGAUCGGGGGGGAAAUAGUGUUGUAACCGAAGUAGACUACCGAACGGGUGUGGGGAAGAAUCCCGCCAAAGGUUCCAUUUCUGAUUCCUCUCAAACGGUUAACUCAAGGGAUUCGAUUCUCUUUUACUUUACGCUAGGUGAGACCGAGAAAUCGAUUGCGGGUGAAGCCUUAGUUGUCGUUGGUGGUGGAGGAAAGGCUUUCACUGGCCCACUAAAUUUCCUCCAUGAAUUGAACUAA